AUGAGUGCCCUCCGACUGUCCCGAGCAGCGCUACGCGCCAGGUCUACGAUUGCCCUGAAACCGAUCCAGCGACGAGGGUACGCCGAGGCCGUCUCCGACAAAAUAAAGCUCUCCCUGGCACUUCCUCACCAGGUGAACAUUCCUGCCGAGUCCGGAGAAAUGGGUAUCCUUGCGCAGCACGUUCCAUCCAUUGAACAGCUGAAACCGGGGUUGGUCGAAAUCAUCGAGGAGAGUGGUGGAAGCAAACAAUUUUUCCUUUCGGGAGGCUUCGCCGUCGUUCAACCAGACUCCGUGCUGAGCAUAAACGCCGUCGAAGGUUUCCCCCUUGAGGACUUUAGUGAAGAGGCGGUUAAGUCACAAAUAGCGGAGGCUCAAAAGAUUGCCAGCGGGAGUGGAAGCGAGCAAGACAUUGCGGAGGCUAAGAUUGAGCUCGAGGUUCUCGAGUCGUUGCAAGCCGCAAUGAAUCCGCAAGGUGGCACGGUGGCCAACCGUGUUCGAGUUUUCCAGGCGGCCCAGCAACUCGAGACAAGCAUCCCACCCUUCUCUCUCCCACCUCGUGCUCUAGACCAAGCCAAAGGGUUCAGUGCCAUCGCUGCUGAUAUAGGAAGGAACUCUAGUCUCGCAUCUUCAGCCAGAAGAACGUUUGGGGACAGCAGCGAAGGGAUCCUAGCAGAGGGACGUCCAGGCGCCGCUUCCAUUUUUCACAAGGGGACCAAAGGCCAUGAGCAAGGAGAUAACCACGAGAUUUUUCCUUUGCGGCCUUUCACCAGCAUGGACGGACCGGAUGAUGAAAGAUCCCCUGCCCGGCGGCCUGCACUGCGCCAAGUCGCUCAUCAAGUCCAUCGGCAUCGUUCAAUGGAAAACGUCGCAAACGAUCCUGCCCUAGAGAUUACCAUGGCUAGAUCUCGACUUCGAUCCGUCGCCCCGAAACAACAGUCAAAUCGAGAAGAACCAUCUCGCGGCCGCUCCCAUACGAUGGACGAGUUGAACAACAUGUUGGAUGACGCGAUCAAGAAUAGCUCACCCAAACCUGAUGUUCCUCCCAAUGACCAGCAUGGCAAUCUCGCGCCCAAAGCCGGCUUCGUCCUUCGUCGAGCAUCCGCACGGCAAGAUCGUCGCCCAUCACAGUCUCGUCAGCGGUCGACGCGAAGGAGCACUGAAUCCGUCGUGCCUCGUAGCAGUGAGGAAUCAAUGCGAGUAGAGUACGAGGGGAGGAAGGAGACGGAGGACCAGAGACAGGCUGAUUUAAGUAGCAAACAGACUCACAAGCCAGAGUCUCCUGCCGCGCCGCAGCUGAAACCAGAAGCAGUCCCAACCAGCGAAUUGAGUCCUGUCAAGCAGAGAGCUGCCCUCUUUGAGAGCCUCAGCCAAAAGCUUACAGAACAUGAUCGAGUCUGUCAACAUUUCGGACACGAACAUGAACCAUCACAUCCUCAUUCACAUCACCCGCCUCCUCCACGCAAGGAGAUCAAAAAGAUUCACCGUAUCAAGUUUGGAGACACAAUUGAGGAAAGACCGGGCACUCCCUUGAUUCCCUUGACAUUGCCAACGCUUGUUACACAAGAGAAGACCAGCAGACCUCCGAGUACAUUGAAAAAGGAAUAUGCCGACGCUGAACGCCCUGGUCCUACAGGCGAAGGCGCCGCGAGCGACGAUGUCUUCCAGGAAGACAGGAAGCCUUCAUUGAGCUGGCCAUUUAGAUGGAGCAUUUUUAACAAGGGCACCUCUGCGCCUCCUCAAGAGACUGAGGGACCCUCGGGCACUGCGGAGGCGAAGGACGAACAUUAUCCCUCCACGCGAGAGAGUAUUGUCCGGAGUAAAGUCAAGGAUUUGCUUCAAGCUGCAAACGAGAAAGAUGAUGCAGAGCAGCGACGACGACACGACGAGAAAGGUCGCCUCAGCCGAAGAUCGACCAGAACCCAACCACCACAAAGACAGACAGAAACAAGCCACGACGAGACAAGACAAGAGAAAACCGCUGAGCCAACGUCAAUGCAGACUCCCAAGAAAGAGGGAUUCCACAACCUGAAAAUUCUCGCCGAGACCAGCGAUAACAAGCCCACCCCUAGGACUCCUCUACAACGUGCCAUGUCAGAGAAACAGGUCCUUGCACCACCUGCACCCAUUGAUCCGGAGAGUGAAUCUGGGUCAAGUCCACGGAAACCUCCGCACACUCCCAUUCGUGGAAGAUCCAUCUCCACCCAUCGACCUGUACUAGGGGAACAGAAACGCUCUGUACAGCAGCAGUUCAGCCUUAGCCCCGGACCAGGCCGCAGUGGUUCGAAACAGCGGCAGGGCGUCAAGGUCGAGGUGGAGAUACGUGACAGCCCAGAGCGCGAGGCUAGAGACAGGGGAGACAAGAUUGUCAUCAUCAGGGCAGAUGUCUCCGAGAUGGAUGAUGAUAGAUAA